AUGAGCUGUUUUAUGAACGACGACGACCCUUUCCCCGCGGACGAGUGUUUGUUCGCUGACACUUUUUCUCAAGAAAGCAUUUAUCAAUUGAUGGGCCAGGAACUGAAGAUCACGCAAUUAUUUGGCGCAAACCUCGGCGUGGCUGCACCGGUGUGGGAAUCCGCGAUACAAUUAUGUCGAUACUUUGAGAAGCAGCGGGUGGAGUGGCGCGGACGACGCGUCAUCGAACUCGGAGCGGGGACCGGGGUCGUCGGGAUCGUGGCCGCUCGCCUCGGUGCCGUUGUAACCCUCACGGACCUUCCCGCGACCCUUCCGUCUCUGGAGGCCAACGUCCGCGCCAACGCGCCCGCCGGCGGAUGGCCUUCCGCCCCUCCCCGCGUCCUCCCUCUGUCCUGGGGCGAGGACCACGCCGAGUUCCCGUCGGAUUGGGACCUGGUGGUGGGCGCCGACACGGUUUACCUCCCCGAGACGUAUCCGCGCUUAGUGGACACGCUGGUUCACCUUUGCCAGAAAAAGGCCGCCGUCUACCUCUCGUCCAAAAUGCGAAAUGAGCACCAGACGCCGAGCUUCUUUGAAGAACAUCUCCCCAGGAGAUUUCACGUCCAACUGGUGGACCGCGACCACAGUCAAAACAUUAAUAUUUACAGAGCCUCUCUAAGAAAAGGCCGCUAA